AUGCUAUGGUGCGCGGGUGACGACCUGUACGGCGCAGUGGGGGGAGGACGGUGGUCGAGUGGGAGUCGGAGAAGUCGGUGUCGGUGCCCUUCGAACGACGACGACGCUCCUAGCGGCACCUGUUGUCGGUUUCUGGCACUAACAAUGUGGUCGUGCGUGCGCGCUCGCGGUGUUCACGUAUAUACCUGCGACCGGGCCGGCUACCUGUACAGGCUGUACAUCGGCCGUGCCACCUGCGCCUGCCCACACGGUCUCGUCAGCGUCGUCGGUGGCGAAGUGGGGUGGAACUACGAAAAGCAGAAGAAGAGACGGAAAAGUUAUAACGAAAUAGAAAUCUCGAGUGGUGGGUACGAGGAGCGAGCGUACGACCGCGGCGGUGGCGGUUACGGCGUCCAUCCGACGGGCAUAUAA